UAAGCAACAUCCUCUUAUACAACAUUAUUAUACAAACACCAUAAACAAUUUAUUGGUUAAAGCUUAUAGCUCUUACAAAGAUUUUAAAAAUGAAGAAAGCUGCAGCAUUGAUGAAACAGAUCGUUGCGUUUUUGAGCUCAGUUGCAAAGGCUAAAUCUAUAGCGGUAAAGAACAAAACAAGACUCACGGUGUUGUCUCUCGUGAGACACAAGAAGCUGGGGUUCCGUUCCAUUUCCAACAAGAUCCACAACCUCCUAGGUCAUUCUGAUCAAGACCAAGACCGAGACGAGAGCAAGGCUGUAAUCCUCUACAAAAGUGGUGCAUCCACAGUGGCUCAUCAUGAGAGUUACGACGUACUAGAGGAGGAAAGCGACAAGUAUCCUGAUCUGAGGCACACGCUGUUCGAAGGAGAGGAGGAUUUUGGGGAGUUGGAGGAAGGUUCCGUGAUAGAUAUGGUGAAGAACUCGAAGGAAGAGGAAGGAGAAAGUUUCAAGCUAGAAGACGAGAUAGACCAUGUCGCAGAUCUCUUCAUUUCAAGGUUUCAUAAGCAGAUGAAGCUCCAAAAACUCUUGUCCUUCAAGAGGUAUCAAGAAAUGCUAGCCCGAGGCACAUAGAACUCAUAUUCCUAUUACGAUCUUUGCUAACGUUUAUAUUUUGUGUUGUCGAUCAUAAAUCCUUUGAUCUUCUUAUUUUUCUAUAGGAUCAAACAUUAUGAUCUUUUUUAAUGUGUUUCAAUUAUCAAGUUGGAUUGAAAGAAGGAUUAGCUUUCCUAUAUGUGUUUUCCAGUUUGUUAUUUCCCAAUAAUAAUUGAGAAAUCAUGACUGUCA